UCAGGACAGGGACCACUCAAGGAUUAUGAGAACAGCCAGGAUGCCACUUGAAUGGGUGAUACCAUGGCUCACCCUCUGCCUUGGACUAUCUGCAGCUACCACUGUUAUGGUUCAAACGGUGACUAAAAUGCCAGUUAUUACAGAAGUGCGACCCUCUCACAACGACCAGUUCUGCAGUACAUGGGGAAAAUACCAUUUUAAAACCUUUGAUGGAGAUUUCUUCCACCUUCCUGUCACUUGCAACUACAUCCUUGCGUCACAGUGUAAGGGCAGCUACGAGAAUUUCAACAUUCAGCUCCAGCGACAGGAGAUAAAUGGGGUUGUCACCAUUAAGAAGGUCACUAUGAGACUGGAGGGGAUUGUUGUGGAAUUAGCCAACACUUCCAUCAUUGUCAAUGAAAAGCUUGUCACUGCACCAUUCAGCCAGGCCGGCAUUUCAAUUGGAAAAAGUGCCUCAUAUCUCAAAAUCGAGGCAAAGUUGGGUUUGGUCAUCAUGUGGAAUCAAGAAGACUCUCUUUGGGUUGAGCUGGAUGCAAAAUUCAAGAAUCAGACAUGCGGCCUGUGUGGUGACUUCAACGGCGUCCAGAUUUAUGAUGAGUUCAUCAAAACAGGGUAUUCUGUAACUCCUGAAGAAUACGGGCAGGUCUGGAAAGUCAAUGGUCCCACUGAAAGCUGUGAAGAAAUCUCCUCUACAGCGACGCAGACCUGUGCAAAUAAGAAAGCCCUCUGUGAGAAGCUGCUGUCAGGACCUGCAUUCAUCAGCUGUCAAAACCUGAUUGAUACUGACUCCUUCGUCAAAGCCUGUGUGAAGGACCUGUGCAACUGUAACCGCAACAGCACUUCAUGCGUGUGUUCGACCAUCUCGGAGUACUCUCGUCAGUGCGCUCAUGCAGGCGGGAACCCACAGCAAUGGAAGACUGCACAACUAUGUGCAAAAUCAUGCCCGUUCAACAUGGAGUACAAAGAAUGUGGUAGUCCCUGUACUGAUACCUGCAGCAACUCCCAGAGAAGCCAAGUGUGUGAGGAUCACUGCAUAGAUGGAUGCUUCUGUCCACCUGGGACUGUCUUUGAUGACAUUACACAAAGUGGGUGUGUUGCUGCUGACCAGUGCUCGUGCAUGCACAAUGGCAAACCAUACAAACCAGGAGAAUCCUACUCAAGGGCAUGUCACGAAUGCACCUGUACUCAGGGUCAGUGGAGCUGUAAGGAUAUGGACUGUCCUGGUAUCUGUUCCGUACUGGGUGGCUCCCACAUCUCCACCUAUGAUGACAAAGAAUAUACUUUCCAUGGAGAAUGCUCUUAUGUUCUCACCAAGGAAAUGAAUGGAACUUUCAGUGUCCAUGGUGAACUGGUGAGAUGUGACAAAGACAAAUCAACUUGUCUGACCUCAGUCACUCUAAUACUGCCACUACACACGCAGACGAUUGUAGUUGAAGCCAGUGGACAGGUCUUAUAUAACAAACUCGUCUCCCAACUGCCUCUUUUCAUGGAUGACGUAACAGUGUUCAGACCAUCAACAUUCUUCAUUGUAAUCCACACCACCUAUGGGCUUGACCUUGAGAUUCAGCUCACACCCAUUAUGCAGGUCUACAUCAAAGUCAAUGUGUCCAAUAAGGGAAAACUCAACGGCCUCUGUGGAGAUUUUAACGAUGUUGAAGCUGAUGACUUCAGAACAACAAAUGGACUGAUUGAGGGGACAGCUGGGAUAUAUGCCAACACAUGGAAAACCAAAACAAGCUGCCCUGAUGUGACAGUCACUCUAGGGGAUCCCUGCAGUUUGAGCAUAGAAAAGGAGAAAUAUGCCAAAUACUGGUGCUCCUUGCUGACAGAGCCAAAAGGGAUUUUUUCCAAGUGCCAUUCUGAAGUAAACCCAAAAAACUAUAAAGCUUCUUGUAUUUAUGAUACUUGCACCUGUGAAAACAGUGAAGAGUGCAUGUGUGCUGCCGUAUCCUCCUACGUCCACGCAUGUGCUGCUGAAGGCGUCUUACUAAACGGAUGGAGGGACACCAUGUGCCAGAAAUACACAAGUGACUGCCCCUCUACUUUGGUGUAUGACUACCAAAUGAAAAGCUGUGGUCGCACCUGUCGCUCUCUUAGCCAGUCAGACUUAAUGUGUGAGAUUGAAUUUACCCCACUUGAUGGUUGCGGCUGUGCUGAAGGAACUUACCAAAAUGAGAAGGGAGAGUGUGUGUCAGCUGCACAAUGCUCCUGUCACGUUGGAGACACAGUAGUGCGGCCCGGGCAGAUCAUCAAGGUCAAUGGACAAACCUGCUCCUGCCACGGUGGAAAACUUAGCUGUGCAGGUGGCCACAUAAAUGAAUCAUGCACCGAUCCAAUGGUUUUCUUCAGCUGUUCCAGUGCAAAGCCAGGUGACAAGGGAUCCGAGUGCCAAAAAAGCUGCCAAACUCUGGACACAGAAUGUGUCAGUACACAGUGUAUCUCAGGCUGUGUAUGUCCUGCUGGACUGCUGUCAGAUGGUAAAGGAGGCUGUGUUGAGGAGGAAGACUGUCCCUGCACAUAUAAUGGUCAAUCCUAUAAUUCUGGACAGAAGGUCACUGUGAACUGCAAUACCUGCACUUGCAAAAGCAGAAAAUGGGAAUGCACAGAUCAUCAAUGUGAUGGAGCAUGUACAAUAUAUGGAGAAGGGCAUUAUAUCACUUUUGAUGAAAAGAAAUUCUCCUUUAACGGGCAAUGUGGUUACAUCUUCGCUCAGGAUUACUGUAGUGACGACAUAAAUGGCACCUUCAGGGUCCUGACUGAGAGCAUCCCAUGUGGAUCAACGGAAAGCAUCUGCUCCACUGCUAUCAAGCUCUACCUAGGGAGCAAAGAACUUGUUCUGUCAGAUGAAAAUGUUAGAGUUAUCAAACAAAACAAUGGGGUGGAAAUACCCUAUCACAUCAACACUAUGGGUAUAUAUCUCGUCAUUGAGGCAAAGAAUGGUCUUGUCCUCAUCUGGGAUAAGAGGACAACUCUGAUGAUCAAACUUAGCCCCACAUUCAAGGGAAAAGUGUGCGGUCUGUGUGGGAAUUACGAUGGGAAUAUCAAGAAUGAUUUCACCACCAGAAACAAAGAAGUUGUGGUUGAAGCCCUUGACUUUGGAAACAGCUGGAAAGUUUCGCCUACUUGCCCUAAUGCAAACACGCAAAAAGAUCCCUGCAGCCUGUACUCACACAGGCAGGCAUGGGCAGAUAAACACUGCAACAUUAUCAAGAGCGAAGUGUUUGCUGCCUGUCAUUCAAAGGUGGAACCCCAAGACUAUUAUGAUGCCUGUGUGAAAGACACGUGUGCCUGCAACACAGGUGGAGAUUGUGAGUGUUUCUGCUCAGCUGUUGCAGCCUAUGCAGCAGUCUGUAAUAAGGCCGGAGCCUGCGUGAAAUGGAGAACUCCAAAAAUUUGCCCUCUUUUCUGUGAUUUUUACAACCCUGAGGGAGAAUGUGAAUGGCACUAUGAACCUUGCGGAAAACCUUGCAUGAAGACAUGCAGGAAUCCCUCAGGAAUAUGCUACAAUCAAAUCCCAGCAUUAGAAGGCUGCUAUCCACGUUGCCCUCCUGAAAGAUCUUAUUUGGAAGAAGCUACUAUGAAGUGUGUGUCAAAGGAGGAAUGUGGAUGCUAUGAUGAUAAAGGGGAGCAUUAUGAGGAAGGGAAGCUCAUGCCUUCAAAGGAAAACUGUCAGAACUGUUACUGUUCUUCAACAAAGUUGGAGUGCAAAUAUGAUGUCCAAGCUUGCACUUGCUCAUAUAAAGGACAUGUGUACAAGUAUGGAGAAGAGGUCUAUAACACACAUGAUGGAGAUGGAACCUGUAUCACUGCUGUUUGUGGAAAAAAUGGAACUAUUACAAGAAACAUAAAAAUUUGCACUACAACUCCAGCCACCCCGAUAUCAACAACAGCCUUUGUCUUUAGCACAACUGAAAAACCUACAAAAAUAACAACAAAAAUUACCAUCAAAACAACAACUCAAAUCUCUCCCACUCCAAGUGUGUCGACUGAGGCCGUGACAACAAUUCAGGCCUUCUCUACUGCAAGACAGUCAACAAGGUCUAAGACAACAACUGGGCCAUCGUCCUCAAUGCCUCCUUCUACAACCACUAACUUUACACCCAGCACAAUCAAUAUAACAACCCCUGACUGCUUUGUUUGUAAGUGGUCAGGCUGGAUGAGCAGUCAUUACCCUGACCAAACCCCAGAUGGUGGAGAAUAUGAAACCAUAGACAAAAUUACUGAUCCAAAUAUAAAUGUGUGCAGUAAACGUCUGGAAAUAGAAUGUAGAGCAAAAGAAUACAAAGAUGUACCUUUCAAUCAACUAGAUCAAAAAGUAACAUGUAACUCAAAAGACGGACUGGUCUGUCAUAACAAAGAUCAAAGUAUACCAUCUAUUUGUUAUGACUAUGAAAUACGAGUCAAAUGUUGCAUUGACAAUUGUAAGGCUUCAACCCCAGUUACAUCUUCACCAACAACAACCACAGAAAUAUCCACCACAGUAUCCACAGAAAAGCCCAGGACCCACACAACAACAGAAAAACCCACCACAACAACCCCAAUCACAGAAAUAUCCACCACAGUAUCCACAGAAAAACCCAGUACCCCAACAACAGACAAACCCACCACAACAACCACGAUCACAGAAAUAUCCACCACAGUAUCCACAGAAGAACCCAGUACUGCAGCAACAACAGAAAAACCCACCACACCAAAAACAACCACGGAAAGUCCCAUUACCACUGCUGUAACAACAACCAAGGAAUCCACCACAACAACUCCUGAAGUUGUUACAAAUACAGUGGUUACUACAACACCAUCUACAGGACCUGUGGUUACAAUUACAACUACAACCACCGCAACAGCCAUAAUCACAGAAAAACCCAGCACCACUACAGCUACGACCACAGUAUCCACUGAGAGGUCCAGUACCUCAACAGCAACAGAAAAACCCAUUACCACACCAACUCUUGAAUCGACAACAGUCACAGAAAAAUUGUCCACAACAGCCACAGAAAAGCCUACUACCCCAGCGGCAACAACAACAGAAAAGCCUACUGCUGAAACACCUUCAACUCUUCAGGCUUCAACAUCUGUCAGAACAACUUCAUGUUUUUGCAAUUACAUGGAUAAGAUUUUCUCUCCUGGUACCUUCAUGUACAAUAAAACUGAUGGAGAAGGUUGGUGCUUCACUGCAUACUGCAAUUUGACAUGCAGUGUUGAGAAGCUUGCUAGACCAUGUCCCUCCACUACUCCACCAGCACCUACUACAACCACAUCAAGCUCUGGCACUACAACACAAAUUGGCUCAACAACAAUCAGUACAACUACAGGAACCACUGCAAACUAUCCCAAAGACUGUUCCUAUCUGAACCCACCAAGAAAGAAUGGUGAGUCAUGGAAGCCAACCAACUGCACAACAGAAAAAUGUGAGGAUGGUAAAGUGAUCACAGAACACGUACCAUGUCAACAAGUGACCAUACCUCAAUGCGACAAUGGGUACCAACCAGUUAGAGUCUACGAUGAAGCAGGCUGCUGUUUUCAUUACGACUGCAGAUGUGUUUGCUCUGGCUGGGGAGAUCCUCAUUAUGUGACAUUUGAUGGUCAAUACUACAGCUUCCAGAAAAACUGCACUUAUGUCCUGGUCCAAGAGAUCAUUCCCAAAUACAAUUUUAAGAUUCAUAUCGACAAUGAAAACUGUGAUGCCUCUGGAGCUGUGACCUGUGCUAAAGCCUUGAUCGUGUAUUACAAAAACUAUGAAAUUAUUCUUACACAGACGAGAACCCCAAAGACCAUAAACAUGGUGUUCAUCAAUGGCAAGCAGGUAUUCCCAACCUACUCUAAUAAGGACUUCACCAUCACAAGUACAGCAAUUGAGCUGCUUUUGAGAAUCCCAGAAAUUGAAGCAGUUGUGAUGUUCAAAGGACUUUUAUUCAGUGUUGAAUUGCCAUUUUCCCUUUUCCAUAACAACACAGAGGGACAGUGUGGUAUCUGUGACAACAAUAAGAAAAAUGACUGCAGAUUACCAAAUGGCCAGAUUCAUCCUUCAUGCUCUGAGAUGGGACAUGAAUGGCAUGUCCAUGAUAAGAAUAAGCCAUAUUGUGAAAAACCUCCUCCUCCUCCACCACCACCACCACCAUCACCAUCACCACCAUGCAAACCUGUUAUCUGUGAAAUUUUGAUCAGCAAGGUGUUUGAGGAAUGCCACAAAGUAAUCUCACCACAGCCCUUUUAUGAGGCCUGUAAAUUUGACGUUUGCCACAUGCCAAAUUCUACCGUGGGUUGUUCCAGUCUGGAGGCGUACGCUUUAAUGUGUGCUGAAGCAUCUGUCUGUGUACCCUGGAGGAAUGCUACUAAGGGACAGUGUGAAUAUAAAUGUCCAGCAAAUAAAGUCUACAAGCCUUGUGGGCCAGUUUUUGUGCCAACUUGCAAUGCAAGGUACAAUGAGAAGUAUACACAAGAAUGCCAGGGAGAAAAAGCCAACCAGAACACAGCCUGUACUCAGAUCACUGAGGGAUGCUUCUGUCCAGAGGGGAUGACUUUGUUCAGUUCAAACUCUGACAUCUGUGUCACUUCCUGUUGCACUGGACCUGAUGGCCAACCUAAACAGCUUGGGGAGACUUGGCAGACUGACUGUCAGCAGUGUGCAUGUGAUAAGGACACCCUGAGUGUCCAGUGUAAGCCUGUUACAUGUCCCACUCAACAACCAGUAACCUGCACUGAGGAAGGUGAGGUCUUGGUGAACCGUACAGUAGACUGCUGUGAGAGACUGACAUGUGAAUGUGAUAAGAGUCGCUGUUCAUCACCACCAAAGUGCAAAGUGGGAUUUGAGUUGGACGUCCACAUCUCAAAUGAUAGUUGCUGCCAGUCUUACCUCUGUGUUCCCAAAGGCGUUUGUGUCUUCAAUUAUACUGAGUACAAGCCGACUAUGGAUUUCUCCAAAAACCCAUGUGAAACCUGCCACUGUACUGAAAAUCAGGAUCCCAACACCAAGUUGAACAUCAUUGACUGUCAUGUGAUACAGUGUUUAACAACGUGUCCAGAGGGCCACGUGUAUGAACCCAAACCUGGAAAAUGUUGUGGGUCAUGCAAAAGGACAAGCUGUGUUUUGGAUUUACCAGGUUCCACUCCAAUAAUCAUCAAUCCUUCUCAGUCUUGGUCACCACCAAAUGACAACUGUACCAAGUAUGACUGCCAAAAGGUGAAGGAUGAGUUCAUAGUCUCCAAAAACCAAACAACAUGUCCUGAAUUUGAUCCACAAAACUGCGUUCCUGGAACUGAACAAACUGACAUGAAUGGUUGUUGCAAAAUCUGUACUCCUCGUCACAACUGUCAAAAGAACAAGAACACCACCUAUCUGCAGACAAAGAAUUGCACGUCAGUUGUGCCAGUGGAAAUUACAGCUUGUGAAGGUUCCUGUGGCGCAUCAUCAUCAAUGUACUCUGCAGAGAGCAACAGUUUGAUGCAUUUGUGCACAUGCUGUCAAGAAAUGGCCACCAGUAAGAAGGAAGUGGAGAUGAUCUGCUCUGAUGGCAGCAAGAUAAAGCACACAUACAUUUCAGUUGACAAGUGUGGCUGCAAAGUCGCCGAAUGUACUAAGACCACCACAGACUAAUGUCAAAAUUUUGAAACUGAAAACGAAUAUGACUAAAGUACUUUUGUAAACUUUCCUCUCCAAAAACUAUUAGAGAAUCAAGACUCAUGAAAACCACCAAAGACACACCUCAUGCAUUAGCUGAUGAGUAAAAUGAGUAAUAAAACACAGCAGCCUGAAAAGUUUUUCAUCGAACAAGAGUAUCGUUUUGAGCUGUUAAUACCUUCAUGUUUUAUGUCAGUAAUGCUAAAUGGUGAUAAAAUGUAUCCUACACUUCUGGAUACCAGACAUUUUAGCUUUCCCAAUAACAAUCAUCAUUUUCUCAUUUAUUGUCAUGGGGAGCAGGUUCAGAUAGUGCCUCAUGAUGACAACACAUAUUGGUGUCAUGGUCUCUUUUAGCUUUUGAAACUAUAUGAUAUGGUGUUUCGGCCUUAAAGGGUGUUUUUUCUUCCUUUUAUUUUAAGUGACUUCAGAGAUAAAAGACACAUGAAUGGAUUCAUAUAUACAUUAAAUUGGAGCAAUACCUUGACUGUCUUUGCUAUGGAAAAAGAUGUUAGAUAUUUUUAUAUUGUGGUAAAAUGCGGAAGAUUCAAAACAUAGAUUGAAAUUUUGAAUGAUUAUUAGUUAUUACGUAUUACAGAACCAUCAGCAUGAAUUAUCUCAUAAUUUACUCAGUAUAUAAAGCAAAGAGUGCAAAGAUUAUCCAGACUUCUUUUUCCAACAUGUGAUGUUGGAAAAAUAUCACACUUCUGAUGUGUCACACUUCUGAUGUCUUCUCUUAUUAAAACCCACAUAUUUGCUGA